AUGAAGCAGUUGAGGUACCUUGACUUGUCACACUCUUUCGGUUUUGCAAUUGUUCCUCAUGAAUGGGGAAAUCUCACCGAGUUGGAAGUCCUCAAUCUCCACGGUUCUUAUGACGGGGAUGUUGUUGAUGACUUUCAGUGGCUUUCACAUCUUCAGGCAUUAAAGUACCUUGACAUGAGUGGAAUACAUGUUAAAAAAUCUGGAGACCUCAUGCAGGUGAUCAGUGCACUCCCAUCUUUAUCCCAUUUGAGCCUAUCAGAUUGUGGGCUUUAUAACUCUCACCUGUCUUUUGAUUGCUUGGCGAAUUCUACUGCUCUUCAUCUUGAGUACCUCGAUCUUUCAAUGAAUUUAUUGGGGGGCCCCAUCCCAAGCAUUCCAUUUCAAAAUAUGACUUAUCUUGAGCACCUCGAUCUUUCAGGGAAUUUGUUGGGGGGCGCCAUCCCAAGAAUUCCGACUUCUCUUGAGUACCUUGAUCUUUCAGAGAAUUUGUUGGGGGGCCCCAUCCCAAGCAUUCCAUUUCAAAACAUGACUUCUCUCCGGCACCUUCAUCUUUCACCAAACUAUUUCAACUCUUCAGUACCAAGGUGGUUCAAUAACUUGAGAAAUCUUGUCGAUCUCAAUCUUGCAUACAAUUCGUUGCAAAGCAUUGAAGGAGGGUUGUUCUCCUUCUUAAGGGAACACCCGUUCCUUGAGUCACUAUAUUUGAAUUAUAACGAACUUCAUGAGGAAAUAUCUUCAGUGGAGGGAAGUUCUUCGGGGCUUAUCGGGAAAAACUUCAAGCGGCUGGUGAUAAGCAAUAAUUUUCUUCAGGGGGCUUUGCCAAAUUGGCUGUUUCACUUGAAAAACUUGACGGUACUUGACCUAUCAUAUAAUCAAUUACAUGGAACCAUACCAUCACCAGGACCAAUUCCGCAAGAUAUUGGCCUAGCAAUGCCUCAGUUGAGCACCUUGAAUCUGAAUGACAAUCUCUUAAGUGGUCCAAUACCCACCUCUUUAUGCGAGAUGGAAUUUAUAGAAGUGUUGCACCUUGGAAGGAACAAAUUAGUUGGCGAGGUUCCUGCAUGUUGGAAGGAGCCACCUCUGACACUCCUUGAUUUGUCAUCCAACAAGUUGUUUGGAAUCAUACCAAGUUCUUUGGGAAAUCUAUUUGCGCUUAGGUCACUACACUUGAACAACAACAGUCUUCAUGGAGAAAUUCCUGUGACUAUAAACUUUUGCAGGAACUUGCAGAUUUUGGAUCUUGGCGAGAAUAAAAUCUCUGGUAGUGUUCCACAUUGGAUUGGACCACGUUUUCCAUCACUACAGAUUCUUAGACUGCGAGAAAACAUGUUCAAUGGAAGCAUUCCUUCACAACUAUGCUUACUCUCUGCGUUGCAAAUAUUGGACAUGGCAGUCAACGAUCUGACAGGAACGAUUCCAAAUUGUCUUGGCCAUAUGAAAGGUAUGAAACUGAACAAAAGCAUAGAUGAAGGCAACUCACUCUCUCCUACUUAUGCGGCUGCACCUCCCAUGCUUGGGCCAACAGCGUUCAACACUAUAAUGGGCAUCGCUCCAACAGCAACAGAUUGGACUCAAGAGCAUGUGGAGCAAGUUGUGAAGGGGAUGGAUCUUGACUACACGACACUUGAUCUACAGCUUAUGGUGAAUUUAGAUCUCUCGAGCAACAAAUUGGUUGGGCAUAUUCCAAGAGAGCUUACCUUGCUCUCCGGAUUGCGAGGCUUGAACUUAUCGCGCAACUUUCUUUCUGGAGGCAUCCCGACUAUGAUUGGAGACAUGAGAUCGCUCGAGUCACUUGACCUUUCAAUUAAUCACCUUUCGGGAACAAUCCCACAAAGCUUUUCUGCAUUCAUAUCACUGAGCAAACUAAACUUGUCACACAACAACUUCAUGGGGCCAGUUCCGAAAGGAAAUCAAAUCCAGACACUUGAUGAUCCUUCCAUUUAUGCCAGCAAUCCUCUACUUUGUGGUGAUCCUCUACAAAAGAAAUGCCCUCAAGCGAGGGGCCCUCAAGCAGCCCCUCAAGUGCCGGAAGAAGUUGCCAAUGAAGAAGGUAAGCUUGAAAAGGUAAUGUUCUACAUAGUAAUAAUGCUCGGGUUUGCGAAUGGGUUUUGGGGAGUUGUUGGCAGUUUGGUGUACAACAAGAACUGGAGACGGGUGUACUUCAACUUUGCGGAUCGUAAAGCAGACAUGGUGUACGUGAUUGUUGCAGUGAAGGUGGCCGAGUUGAGGAGGAGAUUGAGAAGAGUGUAA